UAAAGAAAGAUUAAUUAUUAAUUAAUUAAAAUUAAUUAAUAGCAAUAAUCUACAUAUGGAUAAUAUAAAUAACCAAACUUAAAAGCUUCAUAUUUCUCCUUCUACCUUCAUUUUCUGGAUUUCUUCAUGCAAAACAUAAGUUGAAGCAACCUAGAAUUUAUACAAAAUGGUAGAGGGAGCAAUAAGCAAAGCAGAUAAAACAGAAUUUACAGAAUGUUGGAAUGCAGUAUGGAGAACUCCUUAUAUUAUGAAGUUGGCUUUAUCAGCUGGUAUUGGGGGAUUUCUUUUCGGUUAUGAUACCGGUGUUAUAUCUGGCGCGCUUCUUUACAUAAGGGAAGAUUUUAAAGAAGUCGAUAAGAAGACGUGGCUGCAAGAAACUAUUGUUAGUAUGGCUGUUGCUGGUGCAAUCUUUGGUGCUGCUACUGGUGGUUGGCUUAAUGAUACGUUUGGAAGGAAAUUUUCGAUUCUCAUAGCUGAUGUUCUCUUCUUUGCUGGUGCACUCGUUAUGGCUAUUGCACCGGUUCCUUGGGUGAUUAUCAUUGGAAGGAUAUUCGUCGGUUUGGGAGUUGGGAUGGCCUCAAUGACAGCUCCGCUUUAUAUAUCUGAAGCCUCGCCUCAUAAGAUCAGAGGCGCCCUUGUUAGCAUGAACGGUUUCCUCAUUACUGGAGGCCAAUUCCUUUCGUAUCUAAUCAAUCUUGCCUUCACUGAUGUGAAAGGAACGUGGCGUUGGAUGCUUGGCAUUGCUGGACUUCCAGCAGUUAUUCAGUUUGGACUCAUGCUUAUCCUCCCCGAGUCACCGAGAUGGCUUUACAGAAAGGGGAAAGUGGAUGAAUCGAGGGAUAUCUUGGCGAAAAUUUAUCCAGCAGAGGAAGUAGAGAACGAGAUGUUGGCUAUGAAGAAGUCGGUGGAAGAAGAAAAGGAAAUUGAAGGUAGCAUCGGGAGCAGCACAUUCACUCAAAUCAAGAAAGCAUUUGGGGACGCAGCAUGUAGAAGAGCACUAUAUGCCGGUAUUGGUGUUCAAGUGGCUCAACAAUUCGUCGGUAUCAACACUGUCAUGUACUACAGUCCAACUAUCAUGCAAUUUGCUGGAUUUGCAUCUAAUAGGACUGCUGUAGCACUAUCGCUUAUCACCUCUGGUCUCAACGCGGUUGGAUCCAUAGUCAGUAUGGCAUUUGUCGAUAAAUAUGGUAGGAGGAGACUCAUGAUCGUCUCCAUGGUGGGUAUCAUUUCUUGCCUCAUUGUCUUGUCUGUCGUCUUCUUCCAAGCAUCGGUUCAUGCACCAAAAAUCAGUAGCGUUGAAUCUGCUCAUUUUGGCAACAAUACUUGUAAAGCCUACGCCAAUGCCCCGAAUCCAUCCUCUUGGAAUUGCAUGAAGUGCUUGGCUAAACAAGCCGAUUGUGGAUUUUGUUCAAGUACCAAUCUGUAUGCGCCCGGAGCAUGUAUAGCAAAAACGGAUGCACUACAAGGAGCAUGCAAAGCAGAGAAGCGUGUCUGGUACACGAAAGGUUGUCCUAGCAAGUUUGGCUUCUUAGCAGUCGUUUUCCUCGGCUUAUACAUCAUAGUAUACUCCCCGGGUAUGGGAACAGUACCCUGGAUCGUCAACUCUGAGAUUUACCCUUUACGAUUCAGAGGAGUUGGCGGAGGCAUUGCAGCAGUUUCGAACUGGACUUCAAAUCUGAUUGUUAGUCUAACAUUCCUGACAUUAACCGAACAUCUUGGCUCCUCUGGCACGUUCCUUCUAUUCGCGGGGUUCUCAUUUCUUGGACUCAUCGCGAUCUUCUUCCUCGUUCCUGAAACCAAAGGAUUGCAAUUCGAGGAAGUCGAAAAGAUGUUGCAGAAAACAUACUCUCCAUUUAGAAAGAACAAAGCUACUAAAGAGAUCUCUGAGCACACAAAGUGAUGUUACAGAUCAAGAGAGGACUUGGAUGUUUUUUUUGUUUUAGUAUUGCUCAUUUAUAUGUGUCAUUGUGUACAUAUAUUAAUUGGAAGCCAACUGAAAAAAGUUUGAAAGA